UCAGUGUUUAGGCUGAUGUCUGAUUCAUGUACUGCAAAUCCGAGGGCUGCUUUUGGAGGGAAGACGAGGACGCUCGGGUGUUUGUCGCUGCCCGUCGAGGCCGCGCUCCGCAGAGCCACGCGGUGCUCAGCGGCUGCUCGGUGAUGCGGCUCCGCCACCCGCGCUGAGCCCUGUGGCAGCACUGCCGCGGCGCUGGCCCUGCACUGGGGCACGUAGGGCUGCCCGCACGCGGGGCCGGGAGCGCCGUCCUCUGAGCACGGCAGCAGCGAGGUGCGAGCGAACACCUGUGGCUGCUGCAGGAGCCCCACGCGGCCCACCGUGCGCUUAGGGGAGUUCACAGCGCGUGCCUGGGGCCGCCGCUCCCCCUCCCGUCCUUUUCCAACCGUCUGCUCGCAGCGUUCCUUCUCCUUUCAGCCUCUCACAAAGAUUUGGAAGGAGCACUCGGACCCACCUGUGUCCAGUGCGGUGGGGACCCGGCGAUUAGCAGCUGCCCAACCGGCCGUUACCGUGCCGAAUCAGAUAAAUGAGCUGCAGGUGAGGUGGGCCUGAGAACCGGGUUGAGGCUGCAGUGCCCGGUGGGCGUCUGGGAGCUGCGCUGCCAUGGAGCCCCAACCAGCCAAAGCCGCCGGCGCUGCCCGGCUCUCCAGCCUGCUCGCCCGAGGCCGGCGGAGCCGCCACCCCCCCACGCUGCACAUGGUGCUCGAGGCGCUGCAGGCGCAGGAUGGGAAGAAGGGCGUCUCGGUCGUCGCCAUUAAGCGCUUCAUCCUGACCAAGUACCCUGCGGUGGACCCCGUGCGCCUCAAGUAUCUGCUGAAGCGGGCGCUGGCGACCGGGCUGAGCCGCGGCUUCUUGGUGCGGCCCCACAACUCCUCCGCCCUGGGGGCCACGGGGCGCUUCAAGCUCGCUCCUAAGAGGCUGCAGCAGAAACAGGCGGCGGGCCAGGAGGAUCCCGGGGAGGGACCGGCCCCGAAGACGGGACGCAGAGGGGCUGCCGAGGCUGCCCGAGCCCCUGCGGUGGUGCAGAGCGAUGGAGGGCAAGGUGCUGCCAAGGAGAAGCCAAAAGCAGUGAAGAGGAAGCCAAGGGCAAAGUCUGCAGAUGCUCAGCCAGCGGUGGGGAAGGCCAGGAGUGAUGGAGCAAAGGCCCACCAGGCCCCUGGCAAAGGGCGGCCGCAGCCCCCUGCAGCUUCUGCUGCCAGGGCUGUGCAAGAGGACAGUGCUGACCGCCCUGCUGGUGCUGGGGUGAAGAGACCCAAAAAGACUCCAGCAGCCAAGAGCAAAGGGAAGGUUCCUGAAGAGGCCCAGGAAGUUGCCUUGAAGAAAGGAGGUAAAGCCAAGGCAGGGAAGCCCCAGGCAGCUCUGGGUGCCGGCCAGGGGAGAAAGGCCAGAGCACAGGAGGCAGCUCCUGGCAGGAAGGUGUCAUAGGGGCCCCAGGACUUUGACAGCACAGCACCAUCCCCAGCUGAGUCUGGGCUUUGGGGUAGGAGCUGGUUUUAAUUCCCAGGUGUUAAUUCUCUGUUCAUCCACUACUAAUAAAGGUUGUCUGAUUCAUGGAAUAGCACAACUCCUGCUCUGCAUGCCCAUCACUCAAGGCCAACAUCCUUCAACCCAGGAUGAAUCCACAGCCUUGCCCCAUGUAAGGUGGGAAGGCACGUAGACUUCUGGAGUAGCAGUGAGCUGUUGGCUCCUGUGAGCAGUGCUGGAGUGACUCUGAGGGACCGUGUGUAUGCAGGCUGGUGGUGAGCCCAGCGCAAGGUGAUGCCCAAGCAGGGGCUCUGGGCUGCAGUGAGACUUGAAGUGGUGACAAGCCCUGGGAAGCUCAGGGCUUGUCACCACUCCCACAGCUUUGGUGCAGGGGAUGUCUGGCCUCAAGCCCUCCCAUCUGCCCUUGUGCUAAUGCCUGGCUGAGCUCAGAUUACAGCAGUGCCAGGGCAGUAGGGUUGGUGCAUUCGUGGUCUGCAGCGGUGGUUGGAGCUGCCUAAGCUCCACCCAUAUUAAAGAGGAAGGUAGUGCUUUAGGGCUCAAAAAAGAGCUUGGGGUGUUUGCAGCAGACUGUAGGAUUGCUCAUGCUAUUGUUAUCUGUCUGCAUAGCACCCACCCCAAAACCUGUCUUGCUAGCUUCUGCUGGCCAAUGUAUGAAAGCUUUCUUAUGAUAGUUUUAAAUGCCUGAAUUUCUCCUGCUCUGUGCAGAACAGCUCUUCUGAAGGUCAGUCUGAUAAUGCAAAGGUUGUCAGUCCUCCUGGGUGGGAGAAAGUAAGUGGAAGUAAAACUCUCUUCCUAAAGAGGAUUUAACUAAUCUUCAGCUGGCUUUGCCAAUGCCCUCCAAGGCUUCUGGACUUGCUGUGCGGCUUAAGCAAGAGCUGAGCAAACUAACUACUUUUAAACUUCAGCCUUGGCCACGUUGAUGCAUCUUUAAAUCUGAACUCAUGUUUCCCAGGGUCAGGGCGAGGGAUACUGCAGCAGUAACCCAGCAGAACUCAGCUGUACCUUCAGUAGUAGUCGGUCACAAAUGACUGCUUGCCAACACUAAAUGUCCUGCAGUGGAACAGGACAGGAGCUGUGUCCUCACUCACCAGGCACUAAAUAUAAAACAUAAGGUUCCACGAGAGGCUGUAUUAUUAAGUGACUGGAUUUAGCUUAACUAAGAAUCAGCUUUAACACAGAAAAAUCCCUGUGGUGUCCAGGAAGAGCAGUUUUUACUGAAAGAUGGUGGAAGUGGGAGGAUUUCAGCAAUGCUGUUAUCAAGCCCUGCAGGCUGGGGAUGGUAUCACUGCUGAGGCCAGAAGCUUGAGUGUUGUGGCAGUGCAGAGCAGGCACCCCAAGUUGGUUGGCCCCAAGAUUACUCCUGGCAGUGCAAGGGUGUCCAGCCCUGUGGGGUGGCAUGUGAUGCUGGUCCUGGUGUGUGUUGCUGUGGUUUGUUCAGGUCCUCACGUGGCUUUUCUUCUUCUGUGUCAGAUCCUGUUCUGGUGGGCAUGCUAGGCAGGAAUGGUGAAUUGCUGCAGCCUAAAGAGGAUAAGACCUGUGCCAUUGGGAAAGAAGAUGGUUCUUGCUGAGCUGCCAGCUCUGAGCACUGCGGUGCUGUGCGGUGGAGCUGGCAGCUGCCUGCCUCCCCGUGUUCCUGAGGUGGAGGAGCAGAGGGAUUUGCAUGGCCUGUGUGAGAGAAGAUGCCUCAGGCAAGGGAUGCCUUGGUUUUAGGCUCUGUGUGUACCAUGAGCAGGAAGUUCACCACGCAGGGUUUCAGCACCUUGUUUUAUUACAAAGAUAGGUUUCUCCAAGAGUCUGCCACUUCCACUACACAGGAGGUAAGGGCACUAUACCCACAACACAUGCCAAAGUUUAAAAACAUGUUACAAAGGGCUCAGGGGUUCAAGGCAACACUACAAACCCUCAAGCGUUUGCUCUUUUAAAGUUACCUCUUUAGAAUGGUUGUAGCUUUUUUUUCUGCUUUGGAAAAAAAUUAAAUAAGACAGCAAUAGACCCCAAUAUGUGGCCCAGUCACAUCACCUGGAGUCAAACCAUGCUCACUACUGGCUCACCUCUGCCCUUCUCAUGUAAUGAUAUGGGGCUGUUGCUCCAUAGCCAUUUCCUCACCUCCAGCCAAGUUCAACAUUCUCUGCUACCCUGGUCCUUCUCACUGUCACCUUCCCUGUGCUGGGCCUGUCUAUAUCUAUGGCAACUAUUCACAGUUUCUAAAGAAAAAAAAGUCAAGAUUAUUUUUUGUGUGAAAUCACUUUCAAAAUAAAAUGUAGCCCAGCUACAUUAGUUUCUAUUCUGAAACCACAUCCUCAGCAAAGACAUUGAAAGUUCUACAGUGUAUGUACUUUUUCUGUAGUUCUCUUUAAAAGAAAAAAAGCCAAAACAACAAAACCCCAAACAAAUCCUCUUUUCUUUCCCUCCCCUCCCUACCCCCUUUUAACAUACUGGAUAAAGUCUAUCAUUUGUUUUAAAAUAGAUAUCUAUAUACACAUACACAACUCUGAUGUUCUCAUUUCUGACAAAUGUGGUGUUACUGGAAACAAUGGGGUGCGACCACCUGCCCAUGGCAGUAAGUCACCCAGGAGGAGUUUGGUGGACCAGGUUUCAUCCUUUCCAGCUGGAUGAGUAAUAGAGGCUCACCUUGAGACCCUGCCUGGAGUGAGGUAGUCACUUUUUAAUAUAUAUUUGGCAGUUUGGAAAUGCGGUGCCUACAGCUGCAGCUAGGUUUAGCUUUCGUGGGCAGGUUGCCUUUGCUUGCAGGGGAAUGCUGGCUUCAGACACGUGGUCCAGCCUCUGAAAAGGGGCCUGAGUGGUGGUGCUAGAGAAGGCCAGAGCAGUCAUGGCUGCCCUGGCUGUGGAACAGGAGCUGCCAGCAGAGAGAAAAUAAAUGCCAGGCUGGGAUGGGCCCCAGCAGAUGCUGCAGGACAGCAGUGGAGUUCCUGGGUCUCAGACAAGUCCUGUUUGUCUCUGCAGUGGGACUCUGCUUGCUGACAGCGCUAUGUGGAGUGUGACGUUUCCUACCUCUGUUUGCAGCUUGUGAUGUCUGACCUGUUCUGCUGACUUGUGUGAGUGCGAGCAUCUUGCUGUCAUGGGGACAAGGAUGGGUUGCUUGCCUUUAUGGACUGACAAACAAUGUGUCACAAAACCAUUUUUGUUGCUCUUGGGUGGUAACUAUG